AUGACGUUAGACGCUGAGCAGCAGGAUGCUCCCUCUACCCCUGUAGAAUCUCCUGAUGAGGCUAGGACAGAAGGUACUACCACUCCCGUCACUGUCAUUGUUACGCCCCCGGAUGUCGAGAGUCAAGCUGCCGAUUCGAUCGAUGUGCCGGCUGUGAGCGAGCAGGAAGCUACCGCGCAUCCUUUAGAGUGUGAGGGUCAGUCUGGCGACUCCCUCCAGAAACAGCCGUCAUUUGCACCUGUCCCUCAAAACUCAGGCGUAAUAUCGUCUUCGCCGACGGAUGAGUGCAAAGCAGAGUACCCGGUCAUUACUCGGGACUUUGCAGCACCACGGGCCGAGACAAGAUCCACUACUGCCCACGCGAGUACAGAAGCCUCGCAUACCUACUCCGUGCCCAAAUACAACGACGUGGGCCCAGAAGAUGAUGAUGAGCUCCACAGGCCUGAUGACUGCGAGAAGUCCGGAAGGAUGCGCUUUGGACGGCGAUGCUUUGAUGGUUUCAGCAUCAUCUUUCUGGCAAUGGCCAUGAUCAUGGUCCUCUGUGGCUACCCUGUCGUCAGCUGGUUCCUCUACAUCGGUCAGCCUCCUCCCCUCGUCGUCGGUUUCGGUCUAGGCGGAGCGAAUGGUACUGGACAACGACCCCUCUUCGAGAACCUAAGAUCUUUGAUUGACCCUGAUACGCCAGAGCAGGCGCGUAGCUGGACCCACCCGCUUACAAAGGAGAGUCACCAUCUUGUCUUCUCAGACGAGUUCAACGUCGAAGGUCGGACCUUCUGGCCCGGAGAUGACCCUUUCUGGACCGCCGUCGAUAUCUGGUAUGGCGUCACGGGUGACAAGGAGUGGUACUCGCCAGAGAAUGUCAACACUACUGGCGGGUUCCUCCAGAUUACCAUGGAGGAAAAGAUCAAUCACGACCUCUGGUUCCGCUCGGGGAUGUUGCAAUCGUGGAACAAAUUCUGUUUUCAAGGAGGGUACAUCGAGGCGGCGGCUAUUCUCCCCGGAGGACCCUCUACCGAAGGCUGGUGGCCUGGCAUGUGGCUUCUGGGCAAUCUGGGCCGUGGAGGCUACCCAGGAACGACGGAUGGGGUGUGGCCGUACAGCUACGACAGAUGCGACACGGGCAUCCUCCCCAACCAGACCUUCCUCAAUGGAACUGGCCCUGAUGCCAUUGUAGGGAACAAGAAGUGGGUGAGUUACUUGCCUGGGCAACGAAUGUCAGCCUGCACUUGUCCAGGCGAGGAUCACCCGGGUCCCUCCCACAAUGUCGGCCGUGGUGCACCCGAGAUCGACAUACUAGAAGCCCAGACGUCAAAUGGUGUAGGAGGAGGAAGCCAGUCCCUGCAAUGCGCUCCCUUCGACGAUCACUGGAACUGGGACGAAUCCGUCGCCUCCUUUGGCGACAGACACAAGACCGUCUUCAACACCUACACCGGCGGACGCUACCAGGAGUCCGUCAGUGCCAUUACCAACAUUCCCGACGACGGGUACGAGCUAGCGGACCAACCUCGGGUAAUCAAGUAUGGUCUGCACUACGAACCGGAUUGGGAAGGGACGGGUAAAGGCUCAGUCACCUGGUUCAUUGACGGUAAAAUGUCCUGGACUGUACCUGCCAGCGCUUUCGGACCUAGACGUGCGCUCGAUAUUGGCCAACGAUUGAUCCCCAGGGAGCCCAUGCAGAUCAUUCUCAACCUGGGAAUGAGCGAUGGUUUUGAAACGAUUCGGUACCCGACUCUUCAAUUCCCAGCCACGUUGCGUGUGGAUCACGUGCGGGUGUAUCAAUCUGAUAAUGCGCCCAUGGACCGGAUUAGCUGCGACCCGCCGGAUCACCCGACGGCAGAAUAUAUCAACAAUCAUCCGGGCAUGUACUUGAACCCAAAUGUGACGGUCUGGCCUACAGAGCUGUACGGUGCUUGGCCAAAGAAUCGGUUGACUGGCUGUGGGGACUAG